AUGACCUCAAGCUAUCAAUAUUCACCUCAUUACCAUAAUAGAGAUUUGAAUACGGCUUCAACCCCCAACUCGAAUAACCGUUCAGCAUGGAAUAACGCAUCCUUUAGUGGCAGAGGAGAGGAAAAUGAAUCUUUGAUUCUACCUCCAAUUAGUCAGACAGAUUCCGGAAAUCGACUAGAGCUUCCCGCUCUAUCGUCCUCACCACUUUUCAUACCAGAAUCUCAUCUGCCGCCGGUACAGCCAGAACUCUCUUCUUACAGAUCAAUAGGAAAUGCAAAUACAACUACAACUACAACUGCAUCUAUAAAACGGCCUCGUAGCGCAUCUCCCACCGAUCUCUCGUCUUUUGGACCCUUCGACGAAAAUAACCGAUAUCGAUCACCACCUCCACUUCCACUGCAUUCAAAUCAAACAGUAACACACAACUCACGACUAUAUCCACCCAUAUCCCAACAACCAGUAAGAGGAUCCUCUAUUUUUGACGACGACGUGGAGGAUAUAAGAGAUCUUGACUGGGAUUCCUAUUUUGGUGAUCAUAGCGACGAUAUUGACAACCCAUUUCAAUCGCCACCGCGGAUACCUAGUCGAACAUCUGAUACUAACGGUGUAGUUGAUCUUACCGAUUCAUUACCAGUCAUGGCUCCUCCACCAGAAAGACGCAGAGCCCUUUCCGGAACGAGUCUCCGUCCAGCUACGUUCAUACGACCCAAGUCACCAAAACGACGAAAGACUGGAAUAAGCUCAAGAUCUUCAAAACGCCGCAAGACUUCACCAUCCAAAAUCGACUCCGAGGAAGACGUUGAAGUAGUGGAUCUCGCGGAGAAUUCCAAUCUCCAAGAAUACGAAGCUGCAAAGGCCAAACGACAGGAGGAUUUGAUCAAACAACAAAAUCAAGAUGAAGCAACGAAACCGAUCAAAUUGGUGGAUUUUCAGUGUAUCAUUUGUAUGGAUAACCCUACGGAUUUGACCGACAUCUAUUCUGUUCCGAAUGCCUUCACUCAGCCUUACACGCAGGCAAUAAUGGUAGAAAGUCAUGUCCCGUUUGUCGAAGUACACGAUCAAGUUGAUGACAGCCAACAAGAUGGGCAAGAAACCUACGAAGAGCUGACGGUGUCAUAUGGGACGGGGUAA